UCAUCCUAAUGGCCUCCGACCUUCCUCAUCUCGAGGAACUUAAAUUUGACUUUCACAUCGCCUUCAGCAUGCCUUGUAUCAUCCCAGCAAUUGGCCGCUCCCGCACCACUCUCACGUCCAUCAGCAUGUCUACUAUACACUUGUUCCGACUGGACACCAACGCCUUCAUUGCAGCCAUGCAUUCCUGUCACAACCUUCGCACCAUCGAAAUAAAAGAAGAGCCCGAGAUAAUUGUAGUCGGCUUGCACGCUAUGCCAGAACCUUUGUCGGAUGUGGAGACAGAUGGAGCCGUUGCCGUUCUGCGAUCAUUCACUCCGAGCUACGACGGUGCUGUUCCUUGUCCUCAUUUGGAAACAUUCAAACUGGAAAUCCACUGUUACCCGUGUGUCGAGAGCAAUCUUAUAGCGAGCAGGAAAAGCCAACUAGCGAAUGCGGCUCUACUGAUGAUUCAGAAUCGCAGAACUGUAGAUUCGACCGUCAAGCAGGUCCAAAUUGGGGUGAUUUAUAGAGACGGGUGGCCCGUCAACCUGAUAGAGGAGUAUGGAAGCCUCAGCUCUGUUUUAACGGACCAUGGGCCUGUCACUAACGCCGAUCUACGGAAUUGGAAAGCAAGCGGCUUGUCGUUCGAGUUCAGGUGGCAUCGUACCCUGUACACGUAUUGACAGACUUGGUUCCCUCCAUGUGACCACUUUUGUGGCGAAAUGAACAUUUUGAUCGGAACGUUUUCUCUCCUCUUUUGUGUUGAAUGUGAUGGAUUGUGAUGGACUUAUUCAAUGGACGUUUCUCUCCCUCCUCUUUCUUUCCUUGUCUCUUGUUCUAUAGGUGUGAUGAUGGACCUAUUCAUCGGACACUUUCCUCUUUAUCCUCUUCUAUUAUUUGAUGGACAUGACUGCCAUGACAGAUCUUCGAGGUGCUUUAGCCUCCUAAGGACACUAUAUCUUG